UUGGCAGCACUGCUCAUGGUGAUUGUCAAAAAGUGUUGCGAAACGCGGUGGAAAAAUCGUGUUUAUUUUUCUGUAAAAAGUGAGCGAUAGCCGUAGUGAAAAGUGCAAAAUGCUUCACAGAUUUUUCCAAAAAGUCUUCUGUUCAGAUGGCACACCAACACGACCAGCCAUUGGGGCACCAGAUGGUGCUGGAGAGAAGGGCAAAGACACCGGCUCACAUGGGUUGUCCCUUACGAGUAUCUUAGGGCCACCGCGCCAAGUGGGUACCCUCGAGGACCUCCACAAGAAGUGUAAGGAGGUGUUUCCGGCCACAUUUGAGGGUGGCAAGGUGAUGAUCAACAAGGGACUGAGCAAUCACUUUCAAGUCUCUCACACACUCACCCUCAGUGGUGAUCCGGGCAAGACAGGAGUCAGUGGGUAUCGUUUUGGCGCGACUUUUGUGGGCACGAAGCAAAUCAGUCCCACAGAGAUGUAUCCAGUGUUAUUGGGAGAUAUCGAUCCGGCGGGAAAUUUGAAUGCCAAUGUAAUUCAUCAGCUGACAGAUCGGAUCAAGGGGAAAUUUGCCGCCCAGAUCCAGGAGAGUCAAGUAACUGCUGCACAAAUGUCAGCAGAAUACCAUGGUCAUGACUUUACUGCCUCUGUCAUCACCGCCAAUCCCAAUCUGGUCAAUGGAUCGGGGAUUUUAAUCGGUCACUACCUCCAGGGGAUCACUGACAACAUCUCCCUGGGCAGCGAAAUUGUGUAUCAGUUUGGACCGGCUGUUCCAGGUGGAGAGAAUGCUAUGAUCUCCCUGGCUGGACGCUACAUCCAUGGAGACACCACAUGGACUGGCACCAUAGACUUUUCCGGUGUGCAUUUAUGCUAUCACUCCAGGGCGAGUGAACAACUCCAGCUGGCAGUUGAAGUGGAAACCAAUUUCCGGAUGCAGGACUCAGUAGCGUCCUUUGGCUACCAAGUGGACCUCCCGAAGGCUAACCUUGUGUUCAAGGGUAUGGUAGACACUCAUGGGACGGUGGCUGGAGUGCUUGAGAAGAAACUCGAACCACUGCCCUUCACCCUUGCCCUCAGUGGUGCCCUUAAUCACUCCAAAAAUCAAUUCCGCAUGGGAUGUGGCAUAGUUCUAGGCUAGUCUCCUUUCGCACCUCCUAGACUUCAACUGCUUUACAAAAAAAAUACCAUUAAUAAAAAAUUACGUUGCGUAGAUGAAAA